UCACUCCGUCCUGUAGAGGCCGAUAUGCUUCUUAUGGCUGGUUGAAAUCCGCUGAUAACUAAAAGAAGAAGACAAGAUGCAUAUAAUGCUUAUUGUUAUGGCUAUGACACCAUAAAUCGGUGUCGGUAAGGGUGACAGCUGGAGCAGGCUCACAUCAGAACCACAGCUGGAUGUAUCGUACCGAUGUAAACUAGGAGGCUAGAGCGGAAUGUUUGUAUAACUUACAGGUUACAGUUGACUGACUGACUCGGCCUUACAUACCAAUGUUAAAAAUUAAUGUAAGCAAACAACGGAAGUUCCCUUUAAAUGUUUACUGCUACCCAGAAGAGUGAGGAGUAGGGAGUCGACACCACAACAGCCUUGUGCAGGCACUGCCAGUGCGUUCCAACCUGCCCAUCGAUCCUCUGGAGGGGCUCUGGUUGCCGUGGAGGGACACGAGGGAAACCCAGCAGGCAAAGAGACAGCAGGACAGGCAGGACUCAGGAUGCCUCUGUUCUUCAGAAAGAGGAAACCCAGCGAGGACAGCCAGAAGAGACUGGAAUAUCAGCUGUGCCGGUCUAAGGAGGCAGGAGCUGAUGACAUCCUGGACAUCUCAGCUUGUGAGCUCUCAGAUGUUCCCUCAAGUGCCUUUUCCAUCUGCAGGGUGCUACAGAAGAAGGUCCUUAUCCUCCAUAACAAUGAGCUGAGGUCAUUGCUCCCCAAAGGAUGUGACAUAGGCACUCUUGCCACUUUAAAGGUUUUAGAUCUGCAUGAGAACAAGCUCACCUCUCUCCCAGAAGACAUCGGGAGGCUGACGUCGCUGCAGAUCCUGAAUGUGGAGAAGAACCGUUUGAAGGCCCUGCCUGACAGCAUCGGAGAUCUGCGGCUUCUGCAGACUCUUAAUUUGAAGGGUAACGGUCUCAGUGUGCUGCCGUCCUCCAUCGGUUCUCUGAGCAGCCUGCGCACCCUGGACCUGAGCGACAACAACAUCGUCGAGCUGCCCAAAGCUUUUGUCAACAUCCGAACUCUAGAGAGCUGUACACUUGAUGCUGCCAUGAUGACCUUCCCACCUGCGUCUGUGUGUGCAGAAGGCACAGAGAGCAUCCAACGCUUCCUCUGCAGCGAGCUGGGAGAGGAGUACUGCCCCCCGUCCCAGUACCUCCUGCCGGUGCUGGAGAAUGACUGUGGCAAACAGAACACUGACUGUCUGGAUGGCUUGGACAUGGCCUGGCAGAACAAAUUCAGUGACUACGAGAAGAGAAAGGAGCAGAAGCACCAGGCCAAGCUGGACUUCGAGCGGCACCUGGAGCAGAAGAAGGACGAGCACACCCAGUUUAUACUCAUGAACCACUCCCGCAAGGAAAACAUCCUCCACUCAGUCCGACAGGAGCAGGAGCGCCUGGAGCUGGGGGUCAGCCAGCAGCAGAGAGCCCAGGAGGCGGAGAGGCUGCUGGUGCUGGAGAAGGUCAGACAAGCUGAAGACGGGAUCAGCAGCCGCAUCAGCAACAUGCUGAUGGACAACAACAGGCAGAAAAAAAGUGCUGAGUUUCUUCAAUCCAUGGAGGAAGACCGGAUCCGUAUGGAGCAUCUGACUGCCAUCACACAGGAGGAGGCCAACUCACUGAGGAAGAGGGAGGUGGCAGUGGCCAUGCAGAAGAUGCUGUCAGACAGCUGCUCCAUGAGCCUCCUGCAGCAGGCCAGCGACUUCCGCAGACGGAGCAUGGUGUCUGAGGCCUACAGAAGUAUGGAGAACUUGGACAGGAAGUUUGAUAAGAUGCUGUCCCUCCAGGUUUUGGACAAAUCUAAAGCCAUUGCCCAAAUCUUACAGGAGGAGGAGAUGCAGAAAGCAGCGUUCCAGGCUCUGCAGCUGCAGAAAGACGCUGUGCACGGAUACAUCCGCAACCAGAUCAAGCUCAUAGAGGGUGAAUUAAUGCAGCUGACUAGAUUGGAGAUUAAAAGACGCAAUCUGGAUGCUGAGAACCUGCAGGAGGUUCUGGUGGGCCAGCGUACAGCUCUUAGUGAUAUGUUGCAGCAGCUACUGAAGCAGAGAGAUCAGAGAGAGCAGGAGCUGCGGCAGGUUCUGGCUGAGAUGGAGCUGAAGUCUGAGUCCAACCAGCAGAACUACUGGAUGAUCCAGUACCAGAGACUGUUGGAUGCCAAGCCGCUGUCGCUGCGCAUGCAGGAAGCGGGUGUGGAGAAAGAGUUGGUCAACCUGUUGUGCAGACUGUCAGGUCAGCACUACCUGCCCAUCCUGGCUCACCACAGAGUGACAACAGAGGCCCUCCUCCACAUGAACUCCUCUGACCUCAAGAAGCUCGGCAUCAUUGAAGUGGGAAUCCAGAAAGCUCUUCUAAACUGGGCUCGGGACCGCUACCCUGAAGGAGCUUGUAAGGCCAUCGAGCAGGAGGAGGAGCUUCAUGAAGAAGUCGCCCCCACGGCUCCGUCCCCCUGCCCCCCUCUGACACUCCCCAGCACCUCCAGCAACAUCCAGAUGCCCAGCCCACCGCUCACCCCGGGGACUCCGGUCACCCCCUCAGCCCCCAGCCCCGUGGAUGGACCCGGGAGCUCAGAGUGCGUCGUCUGCAUGGAGACCGGGUCUCAGGUCAUCUUCCUGCCCUGUGGUCACGUGUGCUGCUGCCUGGUCUGCAGCGACGCCCUGCAGAACUGCCCUCUGUGUCGUAGCAACAUAUCCCAGCGCAUACGCCUCUACCACAGCUAGAACCAGCCGCACCAACUGCAUCUCUCUUUAUUUAUGCAUGAUCAUCAAACUGCUGUGAGCCAACAUCAUCAUGUAUAGAAAAAAAGCUUUUAGCAAAUUUAAAAAAAAAAAAGGCUGAGUCACUUUCCCUGUUUAACAAAACUGUACUUUGUGAUGUAAAUGCAGAAAAACGAUACAAUUAUUUUAAAGUGUUGUGCUUUUUUUGUUUGUCAAUUCUGGCAUCCAAGCCUGUUUUUAGUUUGUUGUUUUUUAUAAUUUUAAAGUGUUUUUUUUUUUAAUGAAAUAUAUAUUUACAGCCAGGUGGACUCCACCUCUCACUGGUAGAAGACUGACUGUUCUUUGCCUUAAUAUAGUUUCUCAAUUGACUCGUGCCUUUUUCUGGAAGUCUCUUAUAAACUAUUUGUCUGUUGUCAACCAAAGUAACACCUGUCUGUCCCAACAUUUAUAAUAUGUGAACUAACACAUAAUCUAUUGAUUGUUAUUGCUUUUUUCUAUCAUUGCUGGUUGUUCUUUCAUCACUGAUGCUCUUUAAUCCAUCACACUCGUUGUCUAGAAUCAUUUAUCUACUGUUAUGGGGGAUUAUUUCAAUGCAUAUCAAGGCAAUUUGAGGGAAAAACCACUUUUCCGCCUGUGACCAAGAUUUAGUACCCCCAGACCCUCCAACUCCCAGUAUGAUAUUGCAGUAUUAUAAUCCCUAUACCAUAUGUACCGCAUUGCAUGGCCCCAGGUUUUCUCGUGUGAUAAUCUGAAACACAAAGAGCUGUAUAAAUGUGCACUAUCAUCCCAAACCUGACCUCAAUUUUUAUGUUUAGGUUUUGAGUACUACUCAUUCUGUACAAUCAUAAAAUGUAGUGAAGUGACAACGAAGCUUUGUGAACCAUUUGCUUUAUUUUUUGAGUCUGCUAGAUGGCAGUCUUGGCUUAAAAAAGGCUCUAGCGAUGGUAAUUAAGGGUGUUUUCAGCCAUCUAGUGGGCUCAGAAAAUGUAAAAAAUUGUUCACAAAGCUUCGUCGUCGCUUCACUUAUAAAAUGUUUUGCUGUGCUUAUAGAAGGAGCUUUUUUAAAUCAGGGAAAUGUAGCAUCCUCUUUGUGUGAUACGAGGCAGAAUUUUUAACCUAUAACACUCCAUCUGCCUCAACUAACCUGCCUAGCCAACUAAGUAAAUGCUACAAACUAUCACAUCCAUCUGAAUUUAAUGCAACAUUAAACCGACACGGAGAGGGACGAACUGGGACUUAAAAAAAGGUCCUGGACUUUUUUCCAAAAUUUAGGCCCACGAACCAUAUGCAAUUACUAGUGAUGUGCCAAUGAGACUUAGUGGGUGGUUCAAUAUUAAAUAUCUCUGUAAGCUGUCCACAUUUUAAUGCCUCCAUCUAGUGAUGUGCUAAUGAAGCCUCAUGAACCAUUUUCAUUAUUUUCUGAGCCCACUAGAUGGCGCUAUUGGUUUAAAGAAAAAGACAGAAGCUGUGGUAAUUGAAGGUGUUUUCAGCUCUUUGUUGAUCAGAGAGCUCCAUCUAGUGGACUCUGAAAAUAAAGGAAAUGGUUCAUGAGGCUUCACUGGCACAUCACUGCCUCUGUCUCUAACGGUUUGGCUCUCUUCUCUUUUUUUAGAUUUUUCCCAGCCACCUUUCUCCUUACGCUUUUUACUUAACAUUUCUCGCACUCUUCUUUGUUAUUUUGUUUUGAGUUUCUUUUUUUCCCCCACGUAAUAAAUGUAAAUUAUAUUUGCGCUAAUCAGAUUUUUUUUCUGAUGAACCAAAAAGGCCACAGACAGACAAACAGACAGGGUCUGUGGGACGGCUGUUCUGGACAUUGACAAAAUUUCCUAUUGGUCAGUCCGCCCCUGGAAACUAAAACCUUGCACUGCCAACAAAAAUAGCUGGUGGAGUGAACCCUAAAAAAGCCCACAAACGUAAGACCUUUGGUGACUCCUUUGGCUCUGGGGUCCAUUGGAAUAGAUGGAUGGAUAUUCCGCCAAGACCUCAAUUGAGUAGUGAAGUGACAAUGAGGCUUUGUGAACCAUUUUCUUUAUUUUCUGAGAUUGCGAUCUUUGUUCAACAAAGGGCUGAAACACACUCAAUUACCAUCGCUAGAGACUUUUUUUUUAAAGCCAAGAGCGCCAUCUAGUGGGGUUAAAAAAAGAAAGCAAACGGUUCACAAAGCUUCAUUGUCACUUCCCUACAAUUUAGUUUAUGUCCCAGUUGUCUCUUGCAUAUCUUUUGAUCCCAUUCUCAUUUGACUUGCUAUAAUCCGUCUGUGUACAUGUAUGAACUAAUACGUCACCUGUCUGUAGCCAUCAUUAACGCUUCUAUACUCAAGUGCUCUUAACUACAACAUCCCAGCAUGUUUCAGGAAAUAUCUGUACUUAUUGUAUAUGACUGUUAAAUGUAGCGAGAGUAGUGUGUAAGACUUCUAUAUAAACCCCGACACUGAGACAUAAAAUAAUGUUUCGCUGUGUUCACCGUGUGGUCAAUGUGAAAGAUUUCUGUUGCUGAAGCUCCUUUAAACACAGUUUCACACGUGUUUUUUGUGUAAAUGGACACCUGCUGUCACUGGAUAUCCUACUUUGCUUUCAUGGAGUAAUUAUAAUAAAUAAUCUCUUGCAACUGGUUUAACUGACCUUUUAAGUUCUGAAUAGGAAUUUGCAUUAAAGUUGCAGUAUGUGAUUCUGGAGAAAGAUA